AAAAGGUAUUCAAUACAUCUUAAACAGUCAACGCUAAAACACGCAGUUGUAAAAGCAAAAACUCUUUACAAAAUGAAAUUCAUCAUUGUAUUUGUUGCCCUCUUCGCCCUUGCCUUGGCCAAUAAAGAUGCUGAAACUUUGCGUUACGAUAGCAAUGUUGAACCUGAAAACUACAACUAUGCUGUAGAAACCAGCGAUGGAAAGAGUGCCCAAGAAGAGGGUCAUCUUGAAAAUGUUGGCACCGAAGAUGAAGCUAUUGCCGUACGUGGUUCUUACUCUUACAUUGGUGAUGAUGGUCAAACUUAUCAAGUCAACUAUAUUGCCGAUAGAAACGGUUUCCAACCACAAGGUGCUCAUCUUCCAGUUGCUUAAGUAGCUGAUUUUGAAA